AAAAUCACAUACACAUUCGUAUAUAAGCUUGCAUCUGUCUCGAACCGGAUCUUGCUCGGAGAGAGAGAGAGAGAUCUUUGACAUGAAAAGAGAGUGUUCCACAGUUCCCGAUUGUUCAGAAAUUGCGUGAGCUCUGGAAGAUUCUAUUCCGCCAUUGUUCAAAGCUCGAGAUAUAUCUGUCUACGUGGUUCGGUCUUCUCGUCGAAGAAUGCGGCAUCGGCGAUAUUACAUGUCGUCGGAUCGUGAUCAGGUGAUCUUCUCCGGCUGAUCCGACGGCUGUAAACACUUCUCGAUCCGCCGACCGAGGAAAAGUGUUGAUUGGUACAAAGCAUGGCGUGCAAUGCGAACAUGGCGGCCACAGCCUCUCCCGUGGCUGUGAAAGACGUUCCGAAGGAACAUAUCGGCCUUCGUAGAUCAGUGUCCUGUCAGGAUCUUGCCGUGAAAGGCUCUGGUAUUAGGAGGUCCAAUUCAGACAGCCACUUGUCUUGCCACUCUGUCAACCGGAUCCGUGCCAUGUCUCCACGUCCGGGAUUGAGGAGUAGCCGUUCCGUCGGGGCGUUUUCGUGUCAGGUAUCGAGUUCUAUAAUCCCGAACCCGAUAAAGUCUUUGCUGUUUGAUCCGGAGACAGGCGACGAGGACAGCGAUGAACUGAAUCUAGAGACAGAAAACGAACAAGUGGACGCCAAGAGGGCGAAUUGGGUGGAGAGGCUGCUUCAGAUACGGAGACAGUGGAAGAAGGAGAAGGGGACAGAGAAUUCGGAUGGCCAUGGCGUUUCAGAAGAGAAUGAUGAAGAUGUUUAUUGCUGUUGCCAUGAAGACGGGUGGGAAGAAGAGCGGCAAACCGAAGGCGACGAUCAGGAGCGAUUACAGUUCAACCAUGAAUCUUUCUCGAGGUUGCUGGUGAAGGUGCCUUGGUCGGAAACUAAGCAGAUUUCUCAGUUAGCAUUCUUGUGCAACUUGGCUUACGUUAUUCCCGAAAUCAAGAAAAAACAGGUUGAUGAUCUUAGAAGAGACUAUGGAUUAAAAUUUGUGACAUCUUCUCUGGAGAAGAAGGCGAAGGCUGCCAUACUCAGAGAGAAACUCCACCAAAACUCCAUUAGAGCCCCUGUUCCUGCCUCGGGAUCCGGGAAGAAUCAGAUACGAUCUUCCGCUGCUUACAAGAUCGCUGCUUCGGCCGCCUCUUACAUUCAUUCACAUUUCCUCUUUAUCCAGGCUUUACAAAUUGCAUUGUCCUAAGCUGCGGCUCAAGCGGCAGCCUCGACGAUGACAGCUGUGGUCGCUGCAGGCGAGGAGGAAAAGCGGGAGGCGGCUAAGGAGUUGCAGUCGCUACUGUCUUCGCCUUGUGAAUGGUUCGUGUGUGAUGAUCCAAGCACAGAUACUCGGUGCUUCGUGAUCCAGGGAUCCGAUUCUUUAGCGUCUUGGCAAGCAAACCUCUUCUUCGAGCCGACUAAAUUCGAGGGGACGGACGUGUUAGUCCACAGAGGAAUCUACGAGGCUGCAAAGGGAAUAUACGAGCAGUUCAUGCCAGAAAUAGCCGAGCAUUUGAGGAGGUACGGUGAUCGAGCCAGGUUUCGGUUUAUGGGCCAUUCUCUGGGAGGCAGUCUCUCUCUGAUCGUGAAUCUGAUGCUGCUGUCGAGAGGCGUGGUUAAACCCGAAGCCAUGAAACCUGUAGUUACCUUCGGUUCGCCGUUUGUGUUCUGCGGUGGUCGGAAGAUUCUGAACCAGCUUGGCUUGGACGAGAGCCACGUCCACUGCGUGAUUAUGCAUAGAGACAUCGUUCCACGAGCCUUCUCCUGCAACUAUCCGGACCACGUAGUUCUCAUCCUCAAGCGCCUUAACGGUUCUUUCCGGUCACACCCUUGUCUGAACAACAGCAAACUGCUCUACUCUCCACUGGGGAAAGUGUUCGUUCUCCAGCCGGACGAGAGAGUGUCGCCGCCUCAUCCGUGGCUUCCUUCGGGAAACGCUCUUUAUGUUCUCGACACUAGCCACGACUCGUACUCCCCGACUGCACUCCGGGCGUUUCUGAACCGGCCACAUCCCCUCGAGACACUGAGCCAUCCGGGGGCUUAUGGGUCCGACGGUUCAGUGCUUAGGGACCACGACUCGAGCAACUACGUAAAGGCAGUGAACGGUGUCCUGAGAGAGCACACGAAGCUGGUCAUCCGGAGAGUACGGAAGGAGCGGCGGAUGAUGUGGCCGGCGCUGACGUCAGAUCGGAGCUCCUGGAGCCACGGUGAUGGCGUGGCGGCGGCGGAGGAGAUCAUAACACGCGCCUAAUUUACGGUGUAUAUGUAUAUAUCAGCGUGUGUUUGUUUUAUGACGAAGGGAAAGAGAAUGAAUGGAGAGAAACGUAAAUAUCUCCUUGGCGUGAAAAAAUCGAAGAUCUUUAAGUAAAAUUCAAAAGUACUAAGCUUGAUUAGUUCUAAUUAAUGAUCUGUAACUAAGCUUAAAACGACAUUAAUGCAGGAUCAGUCGAGUCGACCAUUUAUUUC